AUGGCAUCCUCCGCUGCCAAAAAGAAGCUCGUCGUCGCCGGCGGCACGGGAUUUCUGGGCUCGCGCAUAUGCAAGUCCGCUGUUGCGAGAGGGUGGGAUGUCACGAGUAUAAGUCGCUCCGGCGAACCCCAGUGGUCGAGCAUAACCUCCUCCCCAGAACCCCCGCCAUGGUCCACCUCCGUCACAUGGGCCAAGGGCGACAUGUUGAAACCCGCUUCGUACACACCGCAUCUCAAGUCUGCGACUGCUGUAGUCCACACAAUGGGAAUCUUGCUGGAAGCAGACUACAAGGGCGUCCUCACCGGCAAGGAGUCACCUGUCUCCGGCCUGCAGCGGGCGUUCUCCACGUACAAAGCCGGCGCCGCUAGCAAUCCGCUCGACCGCAAACCCGGCGAGGAGUUGGGGAAGGGGGAGAAAGACGGUCAACUCACAUAUGAGCUCAUGAACCGGGACUCCGCCAUUGCGCUGGCAAGAGAAGCACAGGAGGUUGGGGGGGUGGAGUGCUUUGUUUAUAUUUCCGCGGCUGCGGGGACGUUUAUGCUGCCGAAGCGGUACAUUACUACGAAGAGGGAGGCGGAGGAUGCGAUUGCGACGAAUUUUGUGAAGAUGCGGAAUGUCUUUAUACGGCCAGGGUUUCUGUAUGAUAGCAGUAGGAAGUUCACAUUACCGAUCAUGGCGGCGGGUGCGGUGGGGAAUACAUUCAACGAAAUGCUGGGCGGGAGGCUGACGAGUGUGUUUGGCGCGGCUGUCGAGAAGCCAUUGAAGGCGGAUCUGGUGGCGGAGGCGGUCGUGGAGGGGAUUGUGAGUGGGGAGGCGAAGGGGGUGGUUGAUACGGCGGGGAUUGAGCCUUGGCGGCGAAGGCGUGGCGGAGGACGAUGCUGUAGGCUGUAG